AUGUCCUCAAUAUCAAUGAAGAGGAAGGACGGUGCCAACAACAAUACACCAGUCUAUUUGAACAUAUAUGAUUUACAUGAUGUGAACAACUACUUAUAUAAUAUUGGCUUGGGUGCAUAUCACUCGGGUGUCGAAGUGAAUGGCUCAGAGUACUCAUUCGGCGGACAUGAAUAUGACUUCUCCGGCGUGUUUGAGAUUGAACCGCGAACGGCAACUGGCGCGAGAUUCAGAGAGCGCGUGCAGGUUGGCGAGACAAACAAGACACGCAGCCAGGUGCAAUCAGUGAUCGACCAGCUGUCCGAGGAGUAUUCAGGCAACAGUUAUCAUACACUGCAGAGGAAUUGCAAUUGUUUCUCUCAAGAAUUGGUCCAUCGACUCACUGGCAACAACAUACCAAACUACGUCAAUCGACUCGCAAACUUUGGUAGCCUAUUCAGCUGCAUGCUGCCCAACAGUCUGCUUGGAAUGAAGACUCCCACUGGUCCCACCCACGCUCAGGAGGGGAUCAACUCGCCACUGUUCCCUGGCAAGGGAUACUCGCUGGAGGACCGCGUCACAGUGUCAGCGAGCGACCUGCCCACUCCACCCCCGCUGGCAUUGUCGUCGUCGGGCGAGGAGGACCUAUCGACCCCUGCCACAUCGCAUGCACUAUCACCGCCCAGCUCUUCAGACAACAAGCCGUCACUGCAUCGACAGGACAGCUCAGACCUGGACGAACGAAGGAACAAAAUGCUGGCGGCGGCCAACAAGCGAUUAAGAACUCCUGGAAACGACAGCACAGACUCUGAUGGUGGUGCAAUACUUGGCCACAUGUGA